CCCUCGGAGGAGCAAUGCAGACGCUGAACCACUGCAGCUCUGGGAGGACACAGUUCUAGGGAACAGCCCCCAAAAGGAAGCAGGUAAGAUGGUGGCUGGGCCUUUCCUAGACUUUCCCUCCUCUCGGGCUUGUUGGCAUCCCCUGUUCUUCCUUGCCCUUGAGGCCCUCCUGACGGGAUCCAGCUGGAGCUGCCCUUCCAGGUGCCACUGCUCCUCCCAGGACAGGUCUGUCUUCUGCAACCGCCGGCGCCUGACCACCGUGCCAGGCGGGAUCCCCCCGGAGUCUGAGCUCCUGGACCUGAGCAAGAACCGGAUCCGGACCUUGCACCAGGGCAUGUUCUCCCGCCUGCAGCCCUUGAAGGAGCUGGACCUGAGCGAGAACAUCAUCUCCAACAUUGAGCCCGGAGCCUUUAACAGCCUGCAGAAGCUGAUGACCUUGAGGCUGAAGAGUAACCAGCUGAAAAUCGUCCCGCCCGGGAUCUUCACCGGCCUCCCGAACCUCACCAUCCUCGACAUCAGCGAGAACAAGAUCGUCAUCUUCCUGGACCACUCCUUCAAGGACCUGUUCAACCUGAGGAGGCUGGAGGCCGGGGACAACCACCUGGUCUUCAUCUCGCCGCAAGCCUUCAGCGGGCUGCUCCGUCUGCAGCAGCUCACCCUGGAGAGGUGCAACCUCACGGGCGUACCCCAGCUGGCUCUCGCCCAGCUUCGCCACCUGGUGGAGCUCCGCUUCAAGGUGCUGAGCAUCCGCGCCCUCCACAACUACGCCUUCCAGAGGCUACGCCGGCUGAACGUGCUGGAGAUCGACCGCUGGCCUUUCCUGGCGACGCUGGAGCCCCACAGCCUCUCCGGACUCAACCUGACCUCCUUGGCCAUCACCAAGUGCAACCUCAGCACCAUCCCGUACGAGGCCUUCCGGCACUUGGCCUAUCUCCGGUUCCUGGACCUCUCCUACAACCCCAUCUCGGUGAUCCAUGGGAAGAGGCUGAGUGACUUGUUGCGCCUUCAGGAAUUCCACCUCUCCGGGGGCAGGCUGACCACCAUCGCCACCAGUGCCUUCCAAGGACUCAACUACUUCCGGCUGCUCAAUGUCUCCGGGAACGCCCUGAGGACCUUGGAAGAAGGGGUCUUCCACUCCGUGGGGAACCUGGAGAUCCUGCGGCUGGAUAGGAACCCCUUGGCCUGCGACUGCCGGCUCCUGUGGAUUAUCCGAAGGCGCCGGAGGCUCAGCUUCGGUGGGCAGCAGCCGGCUUGCGCAAGCCCGACGACGGUCAAAGGGAAAGUCUUCAAGGACUUCUCUGAUGUCCUCCUGCCCAGUCACUUCACCUGCAGGAAGUCUAAUAUCCCAGACAAGACCCCGCAGUGGGUGAGUGUACAAGAAGGGGGCAAAGCAACCCUGACCUGCAGGGGCGAAGGGGAUCCCCAUCCAACCAUCUACUGGGUCUCGCCUCAUAACAUCCGCCUGGAUUCCAACCACAAGGGGCACGUGAGGGUCCUGGCAGAUGGGACCUUGGAGAUCGACUACACCCUCGCUCAGGACAGCGGCGCCUACCAGUGUGUUGCCAGCAACGCCGCAGGGAACGACACGUUGGUGGUGCAUCUUCGAUGGGUCUCGCCUCAUAACAUCCGCCUGGAUUCCAACCACAAGGGGCACGUGAGGGUCCUGGCAGAUGGGACCUUGGAGAUCGACUACACCCUCGCUCAGGACAGCGGCGCCUACCAGUGUGUUGCCAGCAACGCCGCAGGGAACGACACGUUGGUGGUGCAUCUUCGAGUGGACAACCCCUCCGCCCACUUCGGCAACGACUCCUUCCUGUUCCUCAACGGUAGCAACUUCAACCGCUCCGAGACCUUCCCGCCGCCCCUCAUCGACGUGGGCACGCUGGUGGGGGUCUUGGCCAUGGGCUUCCUGCCGUUCCUCAGCUCCGUCUCCGUCUGCUUCGUCUUCAUCUUCUUCUGGAGCAAGAGCAAAGGGAAGGUCAAGCAUCACGCCACCUUUGAAUUCGUCCCUCACUAUUCCCAUGCGUCCUGGAACAAGCCACGUGGCGGCGGCAGCAAGUUUGCCAUGAAACUCAUGUGAGGAAGGGGCCAUUCCCUCUGGCCAGCGCUUUGUAAACACAGGAAAGAAAAACAAAUGCAGAGAACUUACCUAAUCGGUGCCUCUUUGUGAGCUGCCGAGGCUUGUGCCGCGCUCCCCCUGGGUAGCCGUGCUCGUGGCCGUGGAGUCCUGUGGUCAGCAUGAAGCGGGGGUGGCUACAAUCGAUCUUUUCAGCCAACAGCUCACCCGGACCUGGCCAGGUUGUGUGGGCAGGUUUGGCGCUAAGGCAGAAGCUCUAUGGCUGUGAAGGCACAAGGCGCUGGGACCAGUCUGGGAAGCCUUUCACUUUCAGGUCACUGGUUCUAACCCACGUUGGAGAGUCAGGGCCGUCUGGGAAACGAGGGGAUGUCCCCCAGGGACAGGGUCUGUUCCUCGAUAACCCUAGAGUGGAAGUGCUGUGGGGUUUACCCAGCAAGCAGUCAGGUUUGAGGUGUGUUGGCUGGGCAGUCUGACCAUCCCCCGGCCGUGGAGAGAGGAUGCACCCUCCAGCAGUGAGGCAGAGACGGAAGGACCUGUCGUAAGAUCGUGGCUCCCUUCCCUGGAGCAGAACAGCCCAUGAGACACGGGAGACACGAAUUAGCUCAUCACAGCGGGGCAAUGUAUCAGGGGCAUUAGUAGCUCUGCUACAAAAUGAUGGUGAUGGACGGGGAAGGGGGAAAAGGGAAAACGUCUUUGCCAGGCCUGGAGUCAUCUUUCUCCCUGAAAUCACCCGGAUCCUUAAUGGCCAGGGGAGAGACCAAAUGUUCAUCUUUCCCCUCCCCCUCUCUCUGUCUGCAAUGAAUU